AGCAAACGACUGCUGGUGCUGUGCAUUGGAUAUUCCAGUGAAUCUCCAAAAAACAACGUGCUAAAAGGCAGUCCUGGGGACUUCCCAAUCCCCUCCAUCUCGGGAUCUAGUUCACUCUGUGUGAUUACAAAGCGAAAGAUGUGAUAGCAAGGAUUUCUCCAGGCCGGAGAUACGAGUACCUAGAAGGAAGGUGAACAGCCAUCAUCAUUCCAAACUCCUACAACUGACGAUCUUCCCGUGAGCCCAGGCGGCCAGCAGCCAAUCAACAUGCCCUUCAGCAUCAAACGUUUUACCAUGCACCGCAGCACCAGCCUGCCGGGCGGUCGCUCCUCUGAGGGGAAGAAGAUCUCUCUCACGGAGCUUCCAAACUCCUCCUCUCGCUCCUCCAAAAAAUCCGACAAAUCCAAGUCCUCCUCCUCCUCUUCCUCCUCUCAGCAACAGCAACAACAACAACAGCAGCAACAAAUGCAGCAAUUGCCCAACAGCAGGUCCAUGGAUGUUUCUGAGCUGAGGAGGCUGGGCAACCCCAGACAGGGGCCGCCCCCAGAGCUGCUGGCCGACGCCAUGGCGGCUACUGGCAACCAGAUGUCCUCCUCAUCCUCCUCUAGCUCGUCCUCUACCAUGGACAGGCAGAGGAGGGCCCUUCACAGUAUCCAGGAACACCCGAGCGGGCCUCUGAGUGGGAGGUUCACCCCACAGCUACAACAGCCCUCCCCCAAAGGAGGUUAUGGAGGCAGUAACACAGCCACGCUUCCAGCUCGGUGGAGAAGCUCUCUGCCACCUCGACCCUCCAGUGAGAUGAGAGGGUCCUUCAGUGACACGGGCUCUUCUGGAGGCAGUGGGACAGAAGUGAGGAGGCUGGUGGUCAGGAAGAAUGGAGUACGUUUUCAAGAGAGUGACUGGGCCGCGGACGAGAACCACUCAGUUGGAAACAACAAAGGAGGUGGUGGCAGGGGUGGAGGUGUGGGGCCGCCCACUAUAAGACCUCCGUCUAGCCUGUCUAAACGUGCGGCCGAAUGGGAGAGUGACUCCGGUCACAUGAGUGAUGUGCUGCCGCGAGGCAGCCAAACUUUGAAACGGCCUCAGCCCAGGAGACACCACACCGUCGGUUUUGAGACCGGAAGCAUGUCGAGCCUUCCCAGGCCAAGCCUGGACUUGGAGAGUCACCUGCCCAAUCAGAAGAGUCACUCCUUGUACCAACCCCCUUCUAGCGUUUACGAUGAAGACCCCGGUAUCAUGUCUGAAGUCGAGACUUCGGCCACGGGCUUUAGGAGAGCGAGCAAAGCGAGGUCGAGCCUGCCGAUUGUCCGUACCCCUUCCAAGACGCAAGAGCGGCCUUUGGGUCUCGUAUUUCUGCAGUACCAAAGCGAGACUAAGAGGGCGCUGCUGCCGAACGAGAUCACCUCGAUGGACACUGUGCGGGCUCUCUUCGUACGUUCAUUUCCCAAGCAAUUGACCAUGGAGUACCUCGACUCACCCCACAUCCGGGUCUACAUCCACGAUCCCGCCAAGGACAUGUUCUACGAGCUCGAAGACCUCAGGGACAUACGCGACCGGUCUGUCCUGAGGAUCUACGAACAAGACGUGAAUGGCGGAGGCGUUUACAGCACCUACGAUCAAGAUCUGAGCUAUUUCUCGGAACCGGAGUUCGAUUCCGAAUACCAGCAUCAACACAUUCACAGGAGCAAGGCUUCCAAAGCUCCGUUGCCGCCAGCCCUCGGGUAUUACGGGACGCUGCCAGCGCAGUACCUGCCUGCCAACCGCACCCAGACGCUGCCGCACUCCACCUCCAUGAGGAACUACUCGCCCACCCAUCAGAAGAACAUGCCCCCAGGAGGAGGUGGAACGCUGCCUCCCCCAAAGCCUCAGCGGUCUUUCCAGCAAGCCCUGACGCCGUUGGGCAAGACUGUACGUUCCACACCUCCCCCUACAGGACCUCCUCCUUCAAUACCUUCUCCAAGAUCAGGGCAACCUCGUCCUCUGGUUCCUAUUGGCUCCACGAUGCCGAUAUCCCCGGAGAGGAGGCACGAGCCCCUGGGUUCGUACCGCGCCGCCCCUCCCGACCGUCCAUACUCUGUCGCUGGACAAGCCACAUAUCACAUCUCGCCCGAGAGGCGCUACGACCCUUCAUAUCAUUCCUCGCCCGAGCGUCGCUCGCAGCAGGAGUCCGGCUACCUGUCGUCCCCGGAGAGGCGUGUCGACCACCAACGCUCCUUCUCCGGCUACUCCACCAGCUCGUCCUACGAGGAAUCGCUCUAUGGGGGCAGCAUCUACGGCACGCGCUCUGGUAGUGUUACUCCUGUCAUCGACGAAGAAGCCAGUAUACACAGGUUAAGGAUGGAGUAUAUGGAGAGGCAAUUGGCGAGCCUCACUGGACUCGUCCAAAAGGCUCUCACAACUGGACCACCGAACAAAAAUCAAACGCCUCAACAACAACAGCAGCAGCAGCAACUUCAACAAAUACCUACAAAAGACAACAACCAAAUAAUGAAAGAUGGUACCAUCAAUAAAGAAGAAAGGUAUAUACCAGGGAUGAAACCAUCCCCUCAUCCAAAACCACCUUCCCAUUCAGCUGUCAUUUACGACAGCAGAGAACAUAUUGUUCCCAAAGAAGUCCACCUUACUCCUGAAAUGUACGUUCAGCUGCGACAUUUAAGGAAGCAAACCAAGGACCUGAGGCUGGAGGUUCGGAACUUGCGGCGCAUCGCGCAGGCGCAGUCGGUCACAGCAAGAGACACAGUCCGAGAGACGUGCGUCAAAAUAAAGACCAUGCUGGCUCAAGCUCAAUCAGGUGAAGAUCAGGUGUGUGCAGAGCGAUUGAGGGUAUCCAGGGAAGAAGAUCUUUAUCGACAGGAUGUUACUAGAUUAGAAAAAGACCUCACUGAACUCGAGACUCAUGUUGAAGAACUUCGAAGCAACGUAAUCAAUCGCAAAUGUCGGGUCAACAUGAGUGAUGUCGAAGGAAUGGCCCUAGUCUUAAGCAGAGCUAGUAAAACAGUCGCUGAUUUAAAAGCGAGAUUCCCCAAUCUGCAAGAUAGCUUAAAAUCUGUCAUGGCUGCUGAAAUGGAAGUUGUAGUGAGAGAAGAAAAAUUCCUUAAAGAGGAACCAGAUAGACUAGAAAAUGCUUUGCGUCGUUGUAAAAAGCUUACAGGAACCCUAGUUACACUAAAGCGCUUGGCAUCUGUACAGGAGCAGCGAAACACGGGUGCUCACCCGACGCCGGACAAGUCCUCUUCCUCUGAAGGGAACCAUUCAGACGGGGAAGUCCAGACUGUAAAGACUAUUGCUUCCGAUCCCCACACUGUGAUACAUGUCCCUCCCGGUGGUGGUCACCAAAGGGCGUCCGAGAACGCCUUGGAUGCGCUGCUGGAUGAACUUCAGACAUUCACCAAGCCUCUCGAGCAACCCCGGGACAAUAUCCCGGGCCUUCUGGGUCCUCAGAGACGCCUCCCUUCCUAUCCCAGCGCAGAGUCCCCGGUGCGCAGCCCCGCCAGAUCCUUUGCUCCCUCAAUGCCUGGCCAACCGGAAGCCACCAACAGCGCCUUCCGCGCUCCUGCGACUAUCACCAGUAAACUACAGGUCAGCGAGUCGCCAGGCCAGAGAACUGUCUUGUCGCCGUCUCAUUCCCCAGUUCCUGAUUCCAAGAAGAAUUCAUCUUCCCAGGAAAUGAUUAUGAGAGUAGCUGUCAAUCCCGGUGGAAACACCAAGCAGACAGUUAUCGACGGGGUCGAAGGAACGGUGACCAACCCCGUGGCCCAGAAGAAAGCCCCGCCACCCCCACCCCCGCGGACCACCAGCCGGUCCCCGCUGACAUCUCCAACUGCCGACAACCAAGAGCCCGUUCCGGGCAGUCCUCGAGAUGUAGUUUUCAGUCAGCUCCGCAGCAACUCCGCUCCCGCCGGAGAGACGGAGAACUCCGUCAAGAAGUCGGUCGGUCCUAGAUCCGUUUCCCGGGACGAAGGGAUGUCCCAAAAGGAAAAGGAAGACGAAGAGCUUCUGAGAACCAGUGCCAUAUCGGAAGAAAGUGUCCGGCGGGAGACUUUGUCCAGUAAUAGCAGCAGCAGUGAAAGCGUCAACUCGCAGGAGGGCCUGCAGGUGUCGCCCGCGGGGGGAAAGAUGGGGGCUCCAUCAGAAGGUGGGACUCCAACCAAAGGUUCGAAAAAGUUGGGUCCUCCGACCCCACCUCGUAGCCGGGUAGAUGUGCUGGAGCAGCGUCACCAAGAGCUGCUACGGAAGCAGAAACUUCUCCAAGAUCAAUACUCUCGCCUCCAGCAACUCCAGAACAGUCAGCUCUUGCAACGAUUCUCACCUUCCCGGUCGGCCGCUUCGACACCGGUCCUCAACGAUCUCAAGAAGACGGGAAGCGAGAGCAACAUCCUGUUGAAAUCGGCCCUCGUCCCAACUGCUUCGUCUGGCUCGCUGACCCACUUGGCUGGCAACGCAGUGCACUUCAAUCCUAAAGAAAUGAAAUCCCCGGCAGUCGUUACCACCAGUAGCAGUUCCUCUGCUAACAAGGCACCUGCUGUACCCGCCAAACCAACUUCUGCUACUUCGAUACAGAAGACUAAAAUAUAUGAGACGGAUAUCCUCUGAAGAACUUUAUAAUCAUUCUAAUUAUUAUUAUAAAUGGAACAGUUUCUCCCUUUCUAUGAAGUAUAUAAACGACAGAUAUAUAUACAGAUGGUUGAUAAUAGUCUGUUAUGGAAUGAGACUGGUGACUGUGGUGGAACCUGUUUGAAUCGUUAGGCAGUUUGUACAUUCAAUUGCACUAAUCAAUGUUGUUGUCUUUUGCUCUGUUUUUUAGCAGCAUGCCCUAUUAUUCGCUUUCUGGUCAAGCAUGUUCAUCUCUUCUCAGUUUAUAUAUAUGUCAGCAUUUUUCUGCUGGUGCUUCGAAAUAUAAAAAGGACUUUAUUAAAAAUGAAAACAUAGUUUAUAUGCUUUCGAGUUCCCUAGGCUUCAUGUUCAAUAGAAUUUAGAGCGUGAUUUAGAUUAAAUAAUCGAACGUGGUUAUUUAAAAAAUAUAUAUUUAUCAUGUUAAUAUAUUUGAAGAGAAUGAAAGUAUUGAAAAGUGUGGGACCCGAAUCUACCAUCAUCUGUAUAAAAUAAGAGGACAUUCUGUAUUGUGUGGUUUGUCCCCUGAAAUCUUUCAGAAUAAUUAAGAUUUUUUUUAAUUAACUGUUUGCGAAUUGUUUGUGAGGACUCUGGUCAAGUUAGGGUUGACCUUUCUCUCUCUUUGUUUUUCAAACAAAUGGUGCCGCGUUCUUAAAGAUAGUCACAAUUCGCAGUUUCGAUGGCGAGAAGUAAUGAUUUUUCAUUAAUAGUUCUUGUGUUCUUGUUCAUUCCAUAAGUAUGAUUGACCAUCAUUGGUGUGUUUUUACAUUUUUAGUGGAACCAAAUACUGUCAGUUUCAUAGUAGGAUUUACAGCUAACUGUACAAUUCAAACAAAAUGUGUUGUAUAUGUAUUUAGUCAGGAUGAAACAACAGUGUCGUACUUAUAUGCUGGUGGUACAUUGUAAAUCAUUCAUAUAUAAAAACAAACAAUAUGUUUUUUUCAGCUUUGUAAUUCUGAAACUUGAUUUAACUUGAAGCUCCAUAGCAAUUAUUUUUCUCUAAUUAAAGUGCAUGGAGGUGAUUUUCUAAUUAAUUACUAUUUUGAGGUAAUUCCCCUUUAAAAAAAGGGUUGUUUAUUAUCAAAAUAAUCGUUUUUGUCAGUUCUAUAACACGAACUGAUUCUAUAAAAAUUUAAAAAUUAAAUGAAUUUGGAGUUGAAUUUCCUGAUAAUUUACUGAUCCGAGGUUGUGACUUAACAAAAUAACUGUUGGCAGCAUAAAUCGAUUCUAUAGCAUCUGAAAAUUGAUUGAAUGUUUAUAGAUUUCUACAAGAAAAAUUGUAACUUUGAAGUAGAAGAAAUUGCUUGUUCCAGAUCAAAAAUCAAUUUUAAAGAAUAUCCCAUGUCCUUUAAAAUAUUUGUAUGUCAUUUUCAUUUAAGUAAGUGAAAAAAUAGUUUAUUCUAUCUCUAAAAUUUUUCUGGUGGAUAUUUACAUCAGAAAAAAAAAGUCUUUUAUUUUUGAAGUGUAAAUAUUUUCCAUUGAUUUUUUUAAAAAAUUUUCUCCUUUUCAUCACUGUGAAAAGCAGAGGAAAGUUUGAUUUUUUUCCACUCUCCUACAAAAUUUAUGUUAUUAUGAUGUAUAUUUUUAUCUUAUGCUUACCUUCUACUCAUUUAUUUAUCAGAUCUAUUCCAUUUGAUUCUUAAAUUGGCCUAUUAAUUUAUUUGCUAAGUAAUUUAAAUCAUCUAGAAGCCAAGAAAAAUUACCGUGGAUGUUAUUUUUCAAUUUUUAUGUAUUAUUUGAUACAUGUUACAAAUUUAAGUAAAUCUGAGUAAAAAUUCUUAAUUUAUUUACAGCUCACUGCAAUAAGUUUUUGUAACAAACUAUUGGAAGUGAUUUUUAUACCUCAAAAUAGAGACUGAGAUGAAAAUCACCCCAUUUUUUUUUAAUUUUUAAAUUUUUUUUAAUGCUAUUCUCAGAUUUAGUUCUUUAGAAGUAUGUUUACUGGGAGAAUUGCAAACGAAUUUUGAUGUAAAAAGGCAGAACAAAUUUGAUUUAGGGCCUUCAACCAGUGAUACAUAAUUAUUUUUAAUUACACUCAUGUAAUCGGUAUAGAAACCUGUCAAAGAACAUUUUUAGACACCGAAAUAUCGCAACUUGAAGGCCGAGUUUAAAUACUUUGGAAACUUUUUUAUGUAGGGCAGUAAUCAAAACACCUGUAUUGUAGGUUGAAGAUCCUGAAUAUAGUAUAAUGUUGCUGUUAAAAAUGUUUCAAAUUGAAUGACAUUAUUGGUUUAUUUUAUUUCAAAUGCUUUGUUAUUUUCUAAAAUCGUUGGUAAAAAAGAUCUAAUACAGUUCCAGAGAGAAAUUUUCUUACAUUUUUGGCUAUAUGAAGUGGCAACCGAAGACGGAGUUACUCAGCGAAUAUGUGCGCAAAUAAACACUGUUGGUAUUCUACUUAUUUUAUUUUAUUUUCUCUCUGAAAUGUAUUGGUUGAUCUUUUUUGCUCGUUCAUUGUUUGCUUUGUAGUAUUGCAAAUCAGUACAAUCGAAGUAUGUAAUUAGUCCAUAUUAUCUUUUUAUAGAGUCUUGACUUUACAGACUUGCUGUAUUUGAUUUAAUUGGUAGCCUAAUUUAUUUAACUUUUGUGCGAUUUUUUUCCCCCUCAAUUUUAUAACGUUUCUUUUUUUUCGUUUAAUCUUCUUUAGUUAUUAUUCUUUUAUAUUCACUUAAGAAUUUAAAAUUUUGUAUUUGUGUUGCUUUUGUUUCUAUAAUUAAAUUUAUGAGAAUAUUCUUUAAUCUACUUUUAAACAUUGUUAUUUUUUUAAAGGAAACAAAGUUCAAAAAAUGGAUUUCUCUUAUUUUUUUUAUUACAUUAGCUAUAAAAGUAUAUAUUCAUGUUUCUAAUGCUUAAAAACUUUUGUAUGGAAAAAUGCUUAAUUGAAUUCUUUCUUUUGCAAAUAGCACUGCAGGAUUUUAUCCUAGUUGCUCGGUUAUAAUUAGUGGAAAAUUCUACCAACAGGCAAAUAUUGCGCAAAAAAAAAUCGCUGAAAUUUAAAUUUCGGUUGUCACUAUAUGAAUUUGUAGAGAACUAUUUCGAAUCUUAAAUUUAUCCUGCAGUGCUAUUGAAUAAAAGCAGAUUCAAAAGAAACUCAUCAUCCAUACUCAAGAUAGGAUUCUGUUCGCCGCCAAAGGUGCCAAAAAAGUCCCCAUCGUAGCCAAAUUGCCCCUUCUCCUCGUACUGGUAUUAAUCUUGUGGUUGCCUUAAUCGUGCUAUAGGUCUGAGAGCAACAGUGAGAAUGUUAUUCAUUUCACUCUCAUCAGCAGUAUCAAAUGUAUUUUACUUGAUGUUAGUAUGUUUUUGAAUAUGAAAGUUUUAAAAAAUGCUUCAGUUGCAGUUUUGUAAUUGCCUGAUAUUACAGGAAUAAAGUACUUGCACUGUUACAUACUGAACACAAA